AUGGACAGUUUAAGAAACGAUACUCCUUUGGGAUCCGAGAUGGAUGAACGUUCAGGUGACAAUGAGGUGACAAAAUAUAUUUCUCAAAACAAUAUUUCAUUGAACAAUAGUAGACAAAAAGACGAAUCAACGGAAAAUAUUUCAUCAGUAAAAAGAGGACAGGAAGAAAGUGGCUACUACACAACAUCAUCGUACGCCGUUGAUGUUCACAGAAGUUCAACUCACUCGUGGAAAACAAAUGAAUCUGUGGGAAGUUCGAUGAACAACAAAAUGUUCAAAAUGAAUAAUCUCUGUUCCAACAUCCCACAUUCCGUUGAUGAAUUUCCCUUGAAAUACAAAUUUGUGUUGAAACGACCCUGGGAAGAUAACGAGGAACUCCCGUCAGCCCAUCCCAACACGCCAUUCAAAAAAAUCCGCACCGAAAUGAAUGGUGGGGAGGACUCAUCUUUGAGUUGGACACAAGCAAGUAAGAAAGUGGCUGGCAAACAGGAGGUCCAGAUCCAGGAACACACUCAAAGAAAGAAACAUUCGCUUUGCAGAAACAAACAACAUUAA